AUGAAGGUGCAAGGUGGGGCACCCAAGGACAAGGAGGCGCGAAAAUGGGUGUUUAGGCAGCUGGCGAGCUACUUCACAAUGGUUUUGACGGAGUAUCAGCGGGCCAUGGAGGCGGAGAGGAGCGAUACAACGGCGAGCAAGGCGGCGUACGCCACAAUGGUGCAGAGUCGCGAGAACAUGAAACCGCUCUUCCGACGGUUCGAAAAGGGCGACGUCGACGACGACCUCCUGGCGCCCAUCAUAGAGAUUGUGCAGGCGGCACAAGAAAGGCGGUACGUCGACGCCAACGACGGAUACCUGCGGCUGUCUAUCGGCAAGGCGGCGUGGCCUAUCGGCGUGACAAUGGUGGGCAUUCACGAGCGCAGCGCGCGCGAGAAGCUGCACAACGGCGAGCGAGGGCAUGUCAUGGGUGAUGAGGUGACGCGCAAGUUUCUGCAGAGCAUCAAGCGCUGCCUGACGUUUGCGCAGGUGCGGUGGCCGCCGGAGGACAUUAGGCAGUUGAUGGGCUAA